AUGGGAGGCCUUUGUGAUAGGUAUGCUCUGGAUAAUGCAGGGAGCUUUGGGAAAAGAGACUGGCUGGCUGCGUUGACGCUGCUCACUACUCGAAAAGGCUCUGCACGGAAUCAUCAAGUGUAUCGAGAUUUCAUGGCGAAGGUGGUCUCUCAACGGGAAGUGUUCGGCAAGGCUUCAAUUCAUCUCAUGUUGCAUAGGCUGGCAGUCAUUG